CAUGAUGAAUAAUAAUAUAAUCGGAUUGAUCGUAGAUUUCUCAAGAAUGAUCGCAAUCAUACACCCAUUCCUGUGUACAAAUUUUAUAACCCACUGAACAUACCGUAAAAAUGCAUCACAGCAGGAGAAAACAAAAUGGGCAAGAAAUCAAAACAACGAAUUUGAGAAAGCGGGCAGGACGCUAAUAAAGAUUAAAAUAGUGGAAAGGGAUAGUAGCAGACGCGAAAAACGAAAGUGAAAAAAACGCCAAGAAUCACAGAAAUUUGUGAGAAAAAGCAAAUUGGCGGUGUGUUGUGAAAAAUUAAAGUGAAAAUAAUCUCAGUAGGAAAGGAAAUGAGUGCAAUGGCGGACGGUAACAAUGAAUCAAGUGGCGAAAGUGGCAGCGGCAGUGCCGGCAGCAUUACAAUAACCGCACCAGCGGAGCACCCUAUUCGAAUCAAUAAAUGGCGCGUUCGUGAAGGUUUCCCCAUAACUUCUUCCCAAGUGAUUUUAUUAUACGAAAUCACAAGUAGCGACAAUAGCUCGGAAGCGUCGUCUACAAAAACUUUAGCUACGUCGGUAGUUUCAGUUGAUAAAACUUUGCUCAAAUUAAAAGCGAAUCGUGUAGGCGUGGUAAAAAAGCGUUUGUACAAGGAGGGACAGUUGGUACCGCAGGGAGCGACGAUUUUGGAGCUGGCCGAGUGUGCCCACACUACAGUGAUAAAAGAUAUGUGUGCUGAUUGCGGUGCGGAUUUGCGCCAAAACGAAAAUGGAAAUACAUCCGAGGCAUCUGUACCAAUGGUGCACUCCAUCCCCGAUCUUAAAGUAACACAAAAACUUGCACAAAAACUAGGCCACGAUGACACGCGUCGUUUGCUUGAAGAUCGCAAGCUCGUACUCCUAGUCGACUUAGAUCAAACGGUUAUACACACAACAAAUGAUAACGUACCGAAUAAUAUUAAAGGCAUUUACCACUUUCAACUUUAUGGUCCACACUCACCGUGGUAUCACACACGUCUGCGUCCAGGCACACCGAUUUUCCUUGAUCGUAUGUCAAAAUUUUAUGAACUACAUAUCUGCACUUUUGGAGCACGAAACUACGCACACAUGAUUGCACAAUUACUUGAUCCUGAGGGAAAGUAUUUUUCACAUCGUAUUCUAUCUCGCGAUGAAUGCUUUAAUGCAACAAGUAAAACUGAUAAUUUGAAAGCUCUCUUUCCUAAUGGAGAUUCUAUGGUUUGCAUAAUCGACGAUCGCGAAGAUGUAUGGAACAUGGCAUCCAAUUUGAUUCAAGUCAAGCCUUAUCAUUUUUUUCAACAUACAGGCGACAUAAAUGCGCCACCUGGUUUAUCAAAGCAUGAAUUAGAUGGAGAAGGUCUUGACUUCAAAGAUUUAAAAAACCUUACAACCGAUACGAGCAAGAUGGAUGCAAUAGAUGUAGAGAGUAAGGAAAAGGUUGCCGAAUCAGAGUCCUCCGAUGGCAUAUCUGAGCGUUCGGAGACUGAUACAGAAAGUAAAAAGGAUGAUAUCAUUGUUGAUGUCGUUAAAAACGACAUUAAAACUAAUACAGAAGUCAUUGAGACAUCGAACGUUGAACCAGUUGAUGUAGAGUUAGAUGUAUUGGCGAAAGAUAAUGUUAUUGACAUCCCUGAUGCCAACAAGGCAACUGUUUCUAUAUCUGACGAAAAUUAUGAAGACAAACUUGGUAAUAAACUGACAUCAAUGGAAACUGAAGCCGAGACAACACCCAAAAUAAAACUUCCUGCUGACCCCCAUCAGCAAAUUGAAAUCGAAGAUCCAGACGAUUAUCUUAUGUAUUUGGAGGAAAUUCUUAAAAACAUUCAUAUGCGAUUUUAUGCUAUUUAUGACGAAACGCAGGAGAUACCUGACUUGAAGAUUAUUGUUCCCAAAAUUCGUUCUGAAGUACUUCGCGGGAAGACUUUAAUUUUUUCGGGUCUAGUACCUACUAAUAUGCAACUAGAGCAGUCCCGUGCUUACUUCAUUGCAAAAAGUUUGGGGGCAAAUGUGUCACAAAGUAUUGGACCAGAAACGACACAUCUUGUUGCUGUAAAUUCUGGUACGUUCAAGGUAAAUGCUGCCAAAAAGAAUCCGAAUAUUAAGGUCGUCAAUGCAAACUGGUUGUGGACAUGUGCUGAGCGCUGGGAGCAUGUAGAUGAGCGGCUCUUUCCCCUGGAUCGUAAAACAAAAAGCAGACAACGAAAACCACCAGCACAUUGCCAUAGUCCUGAACAUGUCGUUAACUACAGUGACAAGUCAGAAAUAUCGCCGUCGAGUAGCGCGCAACAACAGCAAGCUAAAGCGCCUGAAAAAUUCAUAGACACAAUCAAUCCACUUUUAUCGUUUUCAAAUGCUGAUUUAGCCGAUAUGAACAAAGAGUUUGAUCAGUUUUUCGAGUCAGAUUCAUCCAGCGAAGAUGAGCAUAUUAAUAUUGAGAAUCCCCCUGUAGACAAGACAUUGCGUAAACGAAGGCGUGAGGAAAAGGAACAGGAUCGAACACGAGAAUUUUUCACGCGUGCAUCGGAUAUUAUUAUGGGUCCCGGAACAAAUGAGGACGCUGAUAAGA